AUGAAAGGAACCAAAUUAUUCACAGUUCGAGAUUCGCUUGUUUUGGUCGUUCGACACGUCCGGCUUCUUUCUUGUUUCCGCGAUAAAGACUUACUUUUACGAAAACAGACCGCUCGCCAGCCACAUGAAAAAGUUGCAUGUCUUAUAUGUAUAUAUCUCUUUGAAUUUCUCGUUCUUUUAAUCAUUUUAUUUCUCUCUCUCUCUCUCUCUCUCUCUCUCUCUCUCUCUCUCUCUCUCUCUCUCUCUCUAUCCAAACUCCCUUUACCAAUUCUCUUUUUGUAUAUCUCUUUUUUUCUCACCCUUUAUAAUCAUUUAAAACCACUCUUACUAAUGUCUUUCUUUCAACUCUCUUACAAAAAUUCUUUCUUUCUUCCUUCGAUAUCUUCUUUGUCUCUACUUCUUUCUAUUUUAUCUGUCUCACGCUUAUCGUUUCCAUUUUUCUCUUCCUUGUCUCUCCUCUCUCUCUCUCUCUCUCUCUCUUUAUCUUAA